AGAGCUCUUCCACCAGACCAGCCUUCUUAUUGUUGCUGUGUUUCCUCCAUGGAACAGCCUCUGCUCAGCUGUCCAGUACUUUCUACUCCACCUCCUGUCCCAGCGCCCUCUCCACCAUCAAAUCCAGCGUGAGCUCUGUGGUCAAAAACGAGGCCCGCAUGGGCGCGUCCUUGCUCCGCCUUCACUUCCACGAUUGCUUCGUCAAUGGAUGCGACGCGUCAAUUUUAUUGGACGACACUACGAACUUCACCGGGGAGAAGAACGCCAGCCCGAAUGCCAAUUCCAUGCGGGGAUUCGAGGUAAUCGACACAAUCGAGUCCGAAUUGGAGAGCAAGUGCCCCGGUAUCGUGUCUUGUGCUGAUUUUUUAGCCGUCGUUGCACGAAACUCCAUCGUUGCCUUAGGUGGCCCUAGUUGGACAGUCUCCCUUGGAAGAAGAGACUCAACCACCGCAAGUCAAAGUGCUGCUAAUAUUAGCAUUCCUCCCCCAACUUUGAACCUUAGCGGCCUAAUCUCUGCAUUCUCUAACAAAGACUUCACAGCUAAAGAAAUGGUGGCACUUUUAGGUUAUGUGUGA